UGGUGUAGUGCUGGUCGUAGCUGUGGAGGCCGACUGGAGAGUACAUUUAUUUUAUGGGCACUUCCAGAGCUUUCGGGGUCGGGCACCGGAUCAAAAUGGCUCGCGGGCCCAGCCAAAAGGAGGCCCCCACCGGUUCGUUUUUUUGGGGACGCAGCACGUUUCCAGUGCACGAAGAAGUGUUUGUGGCUGCAUCCUACCUAGAGGGUAGUGCAACAAGAUGGUUGAGUGGUUUAGUACAACUCCAAGGGUAUGGUCAUGACUUCUGCGCUUGGGCGGCCUCCCAGAAAUUGGAGGACUUCCUGAAGAUGGCGGAGGAAAGGUGGCAUGAUCCUCAGGAGGCCCAAAGGGCCACUAAUGCGAUCCUGACACUGCACACGAGGCAGUUUAAGUCAGUAAAGGAAGCCACCGACGCUGUUGAGCGUCUGAUCUGUGUCCCAGGGGUGCGCUAUGACCCCCAGGUCCUGCUGACCUCGUACUUGAGAUGCUUUUCUCAGCCUCUCAGGAACCAGUUGGCAAAAGAGGCCAACAUCAAUAUGCACAACUUUCCUUCGUUCAGUAAGGUGGCCCUAGACCUUGAAGUUAAGAUAGGGCAUGGACAGGCACCCACUAUGGAUGGGAGAAAGAAGACACUGCCUCCCAACUGGAAGCCGAAGGGUCGCUUGAUGUUCGUCGAUAAUGAUGGUUCUACUAUCGAAGUAGACGAACACUUCCAGGAGGGAGUACGUUCAGAGGCGGGCAGCGUAGAAACUUCAGAGGGUGGAGUGGUCGCUGCCGUAGCUCAGAAAGGUGCGCUGAUUACUGAGUUCGAUCUAAUGGACAGUGUUACUCAGUCUAUGGUGGAAGCCUAUCGCGAGGACCAGUUCAUGUCUGAGAUCAUAAGCAGACUUGAGGCGAAGGAUAAGAAGACUUCUGCCGAGUUUGAGUUGGUCAAUGGCUUGCUGUUCCUUGAGAAGGACGGGAAUAAACGAUUGUGUGUCCCAAAUAGUGAGUCUUUGCGUAGUUUGUUUUUAGGUGAGUGCCAUGAUGCCACCGGCCAUUUUGGGUAUAAGAAGACCGCAGCCAACUUGUUGCAGCGGUUGUGGUGGCCCACGAUGAUGAGAGAUGCCCAGCUGUACGUGGAGUCUUGUCAAGUUUGUCAACGGGACAAGCCACGUACUCAGGCUCCUCUUGGGCUUCUGAAGCCCCUUCCGAUUCCGGAACGGCCUGGUGAGAGUCUGUCCAUGGAUUUCAUGGAUACUCUGAUCACCAGCAAGWGUGGGAUGCGUCACAUCUUCGUCAUCAUGGAUAGAUUUAGUAAGUAUGCUAGGUUAGUGGCAAUGUCGGAAACAACCAAAACGGAGUAUGUGAUCAGAAUGUUUAAAGAGAACUGGGUCAGGGACUUUGGUAUACCGAAGUCUAUUAUUAGUGACAUGGAUGUCCGGUUCACCAGCGAGUUGUGGAAGGCCGCUGCUGCAGAGCAGGGAACUCAGUUGCAGAUGACUUCUGGGAAUCACCCAGAGGCUAACGGUCAGGCUGAGCAACUGAGCCGCUCUGUACAACACCUGUUGAGGCAUUACAUCAAGCCCAACCAGGUGGACUGGGAUGAGAAGCUUGCUCUCAUCGCCAACCUGCACAACAACGCUGUACACAGCGCCACCGGGGUGAGCCCGAAUAGCUUACUGCUAACAUUCAAGCCUAGACUGCUCCUAGACUUUCUUCUUCCUGAGAAUCAAACAACUGCUGCACCAGGUACCUUGGAAUUUGCUUACAGCUAUGAACAAAAGAUGCAGCAGGCUGUAGAACAGAUGCAGAAGGCGCAGGCUGCAAUGAUAGAGUCUGAAAAUAGACACCGCCGGCCUUCUACAUUUCAGGUUGGGGAUAGGGUCUGGGUUAAGUCGUCAGAACUGGGACAGGAGCACGGGAUCUCCCGCAAACUCAUGCCCCGGUACUUUGGACCCUGGGAAGUCUUGGAUAUCGUUGGGACACAUCCGGAUGGGCCAUCUUAUGUUAUCCGGAUCCCUGGUCAUCUCCGUACUUACCCUGUAUUUCACGGCUCCAAGAUGGCACCUUUCAAAGAUACUGACCAAUUUCCAUCUCGUGGCUCAAUGCUGCCCCCAACCAUGGAUGGAGAGGUGGACAUCGAUGAUAUUGUGGAUCACAGAGAGCUGCCGGUAUCAAGACCAGCAGGUAGGGGACGUCCUCCGAAACCGAAGCUGCAGUACCACGUUCGGUUCCAGCAUCACACUGAUCCAAAGGAGGACCGCUGGUUCACCAGGGAAGAGCUCAUGCAGACCGCUCCUCAAGUUGUAACCCAAUACGAGAAAUCUCUGCAGAAGGGAAAGCGCCCUAUGAUCGAAGAUUGAGCUUCUCAGAGGACUGUUGAAGCUAAGGAGGAGGGAAUGCGAGGCCAGUGCCUCUAUGAGCCCCAUAAGGCCCCAUUUUGU